AUAGAAGCAGGAGGGUUUUCCACCAAGUGACAGUCACUGAGCUGAACUUACCCCCUCCUCCUUUCCACACCUGCAAAGCCUUUUGCCUGGGUUGAAUAUUUAGUUUAAUUACAUCUCAGCUUUGAGAGCUCCUGUUGCAAAUCCCUGGAUUAAAGGUUCUGCCCAGAGUCAAUGAACUAAGCCAUGAAGCUGGCUCUUCUCUUCGUCCUACUGCUGCCGGUAUGCUUGGCCAAGCCAUUCCACCAGCAGGGCCUCUUUGACUUUAUGCUGGAGGAUGAAGGGUCAGCUGAUAUGCCUCCAACGGACGACCCUGUCAUAUCUGGAUUUGGACCAGUGUGCCCCUUCCGCUGCCAGUGCCAUCUUCGUGUGGUGCAGUGCUCUGACCUAGGUCUGGAAAAAGUGCCAAAAGACCUUCCUCCUGACACAACUCUGCUGGACUUACAGAACAACAAAAUCACAGAAAUUAAAGAAGGAGAUUUCAAAAACUUGAAGAAUCUUCAUGCAUUGAUCCUUGUCAACAAUAAAAUCAGCAAAAUUAGCCCGUUAGCUUUUGCUCCUCUGAAGAAACUGGAAAGACUUUACCUGUCCAAGAAUAACCUGAAGGAACUCCCAGAAAACAUGCCAAAGUCUCUUCAGGAGAUACGGGCUCAUGAGAAUGAUAUCUCCAAACUGAGGAAAGCUGUCUUUAAUGGAUUGAAUCAAGUGAUUGUCUUAGAGCUAGGCACCAAUCCAAUCAAGAGUUCAGGAAUUGAAAAUGGAGCUUUUCAAGGGAUGAAGAGGCUUUCCUACAUCCGUAUUGCAGACACCAACAUUACUAGCAUCCCCAAAGGCCUCCCCCCAUCCCUCACUGAACUUCACCUUGAUGGUAACAAAAUCAGCAAACUUGAUGCUGAAUCUCUGUCUGGACUUACCAACUUGGCAAAAUUGGGUCUCAGCUUCAACAGUAUUUCUUCAGUUGAGAAUGGCUCUCUUAACAACGUACCUCAUCUGAGAGAGCUCCACUUGAACAACAAUGAACUUGUCAGAGUACCUGGUGGGCUGGGUGAACACAAAUACAUCCAGGUGGUCUAUCUUCAUAACAACAAAAUUGCAUCAGUUGGUAUCAACGAUUUUUGCCCUCGUGGCUACAACACCAAAAAGGCUAGUUAUUCUGGUGUGAGUCUCUUCAGCAACCCUGUGCAGUACUGGGAAAUCCAGCCCUCUGCUUUCCGAUGUAUCCAUGAACGCUCUGCAGUACAGAUUGGAAAUUAUAAAUAGAUGUCUAAAGAUGGGGUUUGGUUGUGUUUCAGCUAAAGUACCUGUUGUAAUAGGCCUGUUCAAAAAAUUGUUGCUAACAAUUAAUGCCAAAUACCAGACAUUUCAUUUUUAAAUGGAGAUGAUCCAUUAAUGUAGAGUAAAUAAAUCAUUACAGAUGUACAAGAUCAAGUAUACCAUCAAAAAGAAUUGCCAGCUGUUCUUUAAACUGACUUAUUUCAACCUUCUUUUCCAGCAUGCUUUCCGUGGUAUUUUUCAGUUUGCUGAAUGCUACAGGUUUCCAGAUCCACUGUAUAUGAGAUUCGGAGUAAAUAUUUGUCAAGCUAAGAUAUAAAAAAAAAAAAAAAAAAAAGAUUAAAAAAAAAUGAUUGAGGUUAUUUUAGCCACAUUAAAAAAAAAAAGAAUACUAGAGGGAAAAAGAACUCUCAAAUCACGUUGAGACUUGGGAAGGUCCCUUACAUUUAUUUCAAGCCCUGGAGGUUUAAAAAUAUCCAUUAAUAACACUAAGCUAAUUCUGAAUGUAUCUGUUUAGCAGAGGGAAAUAAAGUUGUUGCUAAUGUCAUUAUUUUGGGAAAAAUAAAUUCAUAUUGUACAAAUAGGUCUUUUAAGUUUGCCAUUCUUCUAUAGUAACGCUAUUCAGGAUUAGACUAACAUAAUCCUAUUGAACAAACUAAUGAGUAGUCUGCAGUACAAAACAUGUAACCUAUGCCUGGAGCUCAAUGACUAAAUUUCUCUGGGGCAAAUCACUCUCACCUUAGCCACAAGAGCAGUUUUGAUGACUUCCGUGAGACUGCUUUGCAGAGUAUGGCAUUAGGGCUUAGUCAUUGGUAUCAAUCCAUAUGUAUAUCUAAACCAACAAUAAUAGCAGUUCACAGUUUACUUGUUCUGCAUUGUACAUUUGCCAGCAUCCUUUACUGGUUUGUUUUUUAAAUAAUGUAUUUAAUUUGUCAAGUAGGGAUAUGCAGGCUCUAAAUUUCUGGAAUUUAGAUUAUAAGCAAAGUCAUAAGAAUAGCAAAAUGUGAUGUGAAAUAACUGCAAGGCCUAGCUGGACAUUGCUGGGACAUCAUUCAUGGAAGUAUCACCUUAGAGUGAUUUGAAGCCCUCUGCAGAUUGGGAUUCUUCAACCCAUACCAGUGGGUAGCAAGCACAUCAACAGUAGGCUGCACAUUUCUACUGCCAAUCUACAAAGCUAAACAUAUAUUCAAUUAAAAAUUCACCUUAAAAGAAUCUUCUGCAGCCUCUUAACACUCCAAGGUCAAUCUCUCUAAUUUGUAAAACUUUUAUGUCAUUUAUAUUAAAGAAUAAUGUAAUACAGGCAAACUCCAAGGUGUUUGUCUUUAUUUUCUGUUUUGAUAGAAUAACUCAGUGUGUCAGAACUUUAAUUAUGAAAAUUCAGUAUUGAAAACUGAACAUCUUUGAGGUGGUAGUAGCUACAAUAAGAGUAAGUUGUGUGAAAUUCACUUGUCUCAAGAAAUUUUUUCAUGCCUAACACUCAUAAGUAUUUUUUCUGUGAAAUGAAUGUGUUCUCUUUAUAGUUGCCAUUUAUUCAGGUUGUAAAUAACUGAAAAUUAUUAGGAAUCACUAAAGUUAUUACACAGAAAAAGUGUGUUUCCACUCAUUAGUUAUCUUCUUUAUAUAGCAGCCAGCUAUUACUCCCAUUUUCAUCUGUUUUUUUCUUCUGGAUUUCACAUUUUCUGAGCAUUAUUUUUAGAUUAAACUAACAGUACAUAAUACCCUUCAGUCACUGGAGGGAAAACCCUCCAGAAAAUGAGCAGUUAGAUUUUUACCUUUUGGUUCUUGGUUGAGUUUCUGCACUCGUUCAGAGAGAGACUUCAUGUAGAAAGCUAAGCAUUGGCAUUUCAAUAGAGAACUAAGGCAUUGUCUUAGCUUGAACAACACCACAGCGUUUGCUUGUACAUGGUUCAAAUUAGCAGGUACCGAUACAACUUGCAGAAGAGAUUUAUACAAUAAAUAACAACAUUUGCUUUUUGCAUAAAACUUUGUAUAAGCGUAUACGCAAACUUCCAGUUUCUCUCUCCAUGGCUUUAAAAUUGCUCCAUACUAAGGCUUUUCUUUUAAACUAGCAACAACUUUAAUUCCAGAAGAAAACAGCUGAGCCUGCUCCUCCUCUGUGACAUCUGUUGCAUGUCCCAUAGCAGUCUUGCCGCCCUCUGUACUAAAGCACAAGCUAUUCCUCAUAAAAUACAUUCCCAGCUAAAAAUCAAGGGCUGCGAAGAUAAGAGGACUCUUUCCGAGUCCUGUGCAAUAAAGCAGAAUAAGCAAAUCAUGAUAUAGCAAAAAUUGUGCAGCCAUACCUACGAUGUCUGACUGAUGGAAUCUUGUCCACACAUAGGAGCUGCAAAGACUUCAAAGCUGCAUGAAGCCCUGUACUUUUAAAACUGCUUUUCAUGUAAAUAUAGAACAGAUAUUGCUCCCAUUUAGAAGGAAGGAAGGAAGGAAGGAAGGAAGGAAGGAAGGAAGGAAGGAAGGAAGGAAGGAAGGAAGGAAGGAAGGAUCCCAAACAAACUAUAAACUAUUGCAUGGAAAGGAAUAGGAGGUCUAAAAGGCUCAAACUCAUAAAGGAAUAAAACCUUGUUUCCUGGUGCUGCCUAAGACAUCUUAUCCCUUCCUUCAUCCCUGUGGCACAGAGGGGUCACUGCAGGCAAGGGUGUGACCGUCUCUUGUGGGGGAGAAUAGACUCUCCUAGGGAGUGUGAAACAAAUCAUAUCCCAAUAAUCUGAAAAUUCCAGCUGGUGGGAACAAGAGAUUCCAGAAUAAAAAGGUGUUAUGACAAAUCUUCUGUUGCAGGAAUGAUGGAAGACUUUAACUGACACACAAAGUCUAAUUUUUUCCACUGAAUAUAAAAUUAUAAAAAAAUCCAAACCAAACUAAUAGCACCUGCUUGCCUUUGCCUUUACAACCAAUUUUCUAAUAAUAUUUUUAAAAAUCUAUCUUUUUCUCAUAAAGAAGACAGAACAAUAAAAUUAGAGAUAACAAUGUA